GGUGUCAUUUGACAAUGUUUUGUUUAUUUUGAAUUUUCUAAGUAACGAAAAAAUAACCUAACAAUCUGAAUUGAAUUCUGUAUUAUUUAUUUUUGGUUAAUAUGGUUUUUAAAUGCCAAGAAGAUAGUUACAUCAAAGAAUUCUGUUCAAUGGUUAUAAAUUGCGAACCAACAAAUGAAUCAAUAAUCGAAUAUGGCAAAGCUUCGAAAUUUGAAGGGUAUCAGAUUAUUUUAGAAAAUACUAUAUUGUUUCCUGCGGGUGGAGGUCAGCCACAUGACAUUGGUUGGUUAAAUAACACUGAAGUGGUACAAGUAAUACGAAAGGGGGAAGAUGCAGUUCACUUCACUAGGGAACCACUGGAAGUAGGCACCAAUGUCACCCAGAGAAUCAACUGGGAAAGACGAUUUGAUCACAUGCAGCAACAUUCAGGUCAGCAUCUUCUUUCAGCAAUAUUGGAAAAUGAACAGAAUCUUGUAACAACAAGCUGGUGGCUUGGGGCUUAUGAGAGUUACAUAGAAUUAGACUCCACCAAUGUCAGCCCCAUGGUGCUCGAGAACACUGAAAAGCGAUGCAAUGAGCUGAUUAGAGAAGCCAUACCUGUUUGUGUGAAAUUCUGCAAAGCCGAUGACCCUAGCCUUGAUGUGGCCCACACUCGCGGACUACCCAAAGACUGUACAGAAAUUAUACGCACAAUAUGUAUCAAAGGCGUUGAUGAAAAUUUGUGCUGUGGAACCCAUGUGUCUAAUCUAAGUCAGCUGCAAUCAAUCAAACUUUUGGGUAUGGAAGCAGGCAAGAAGGGCAAAACAAACGUAAGGUUUCUUGUUGGCAACAGAGUUCUGGGUGUGUUUCAGAGCAUGUUGGACAGGGAAAAGGCUCUAACCAGUUUAUUAAAAAACGAGCCAUCAAAACAUGAAGAACUGGUACAAAAACUACAAAAGAAUCUAAAGAUUACAAACAAAAAUCUGCAGAAUGUCUUAUCAGAGCUAGCUCAAUUUGAAGUAGACAAAAUAAAAAGUACAAAUCCCACACCAAUGUAUGUGUUUAUUAACAAGAAGGAAGCUACUCCGGAGUUUAAUAGGAUCAUUUGUAAAGGAUUGGAGAAGGAGGGUACUUUUGUAUUUAGUUGCUCUGAAGAAACAGAUCGCCCGAAGGAAGGACAGAUAAUAGUUCAAGGUCCAGAAACGUAUUGCAACGCAUUACUACCACAGCUUACAGAUAUAUUGAAAGCUAAAGGUGCAUUUAAGAAUGGCAAGUAUCAAGGGAAGGCUGGUGACUUAAGUGGUAUUAAUAAAUGUAAGACUAUAGUUGAAGAAUAUUUUAAAAAUAUUUUGUAAAAUAAACUGUGUGAAUAUUU